AUGGAGACGGUUCAUCGCAUUUACAAGUAUUUGAUCAUAGCCAGUUAUUUUUCUUACUGGCAAUGUGUUAAUGGUGCUGAUGAUGCAAAUGGAUGGGGUUACCCAAGUAAGAUACUCCCACUUGACAAAUUUGGAAACAAGAGCUAUUAUUUUGUCCAUUCUUUCAAGGCAACUUUUUUAGAAGCUAAUCAGUUUUGUCAGGAUGUGCAUAUGAGGCUGCUCAGCGUGACUUCUAGAGAAGAAAAUACAUUUCUUUACAAUAAAGUACAGGAAUAUAAAAAAGACGACGUUUACUGGACCUCGGGCACAAGACUAGUGGACGGCAAUGAUUAUAUUUGGUUGUCUAUUGGAGAACCGCUCAAAUAUAAAAACUUUCAUGUCAACCAACCUGAUAACCCAAACGACUAUUGCCUUCGACUGUGGCUGACAAGAAAUGUUGAUCUGCAAUUUGAUGACACUGCCUGUUAUUUCUCUCUUUACUUCAUCUGCGAAAGAGAAGACAACCAGGUAGAUCAACCGAAUAAAAUCAAUCAAAAUUGGGAAAAUAUAUUCGAAGACAUUUCUACGGCGCCUGAUGUCAAAUUGUUCUCCUACAAAAACAAGAGCUACUAUGUCAAUCAUUAUUUCGAAGCGACUUACCUACAAGCAGUUCAGUUUUGCCAGCUUGUUGACAUGGAACUGCUCUCCAUAGAGUCUGCGGAUGAAAAUACUAUGUUGUACCAAGAAAUACGCAGUAGCAUGGCUGGAAACAAAUUCUGGUCAUCUGGUACUAGACUGAUCGACGAUAACAAUUGGUACUGGUUGCCAACUGGUAACAAAAUAAACUACUAUAAUUGGCAAGCAAGCAGGCCGGUGAAAACUUCCGACAGAAAGUGUAUUCAACUCAACCAAGAUAUCAACAAUGGGCUCUUCUGGAGUGAUGAGAAGUGUGAUGGCAAGUCGUACUUCAUAUGUCAAACAUCUACGAAAAAUAUCCGUACAAGAAAUUGCCCAAUUUCCCCCACAGGUAAUAGCUGUCCUGUUCAACCUACCACUCCAUCAGCCACUGUGGUUCCCUCCCCACACCCAUCAACUGUCAGGGAGAAGAAAUAUUACUUUGGAACUGAAAGACUUACAUACAACGAAGCAAUUAAGUCUUGUCAGGAUAAAUCCAUGCAGCUUGUCAGCAUCCAGAAUAAGGAACAGAAUGAUGCUAUAAAUACCCAGCUACAACAAAGCAAUAUCAGUGGAAGUUACUGGACAUCUGGAAACAGAAUAGCAGACAAGCAGACUUGGUACUGGCUGAACAACGAGAAGAUAACCUAUUUCAACUGGGCCCCAGGAGAGCCCAACAACCGCAAGGAGAAUGAGUAUUGCAUCGAGAUUUCCAGAUCCAUCAGUGAUUCCAAGUGGAAUGACGAUCCCUGUGAGAAAAAUAAUUUCUACAUCUGUGAAAGUUGGAUUGAAACACCUGGACAGGGACAAUGCAGUGGCAGUUCGCCAGUGGUCAACAUCUACGUCAACAACAACAUCGUCACUGCCAAUGGUACUGUGUUCGACAGCAACAGAAUAUCCACAACAUCCAAUACCAAGCCAGGAAACGGCUUGGAAGUCAAUAACAACAUAAUUGAGCCUGGCAUUGCCCCGGUAGCUGCUACUACCAAGUUACCUGUAAAGACCAAAGUUAAUCAUGGGAUUUACAGGGAACAUUCUACAAAACAUAAUAAAAAUUAA